CGUACGUUAAGCUUGACUUCCGGGGGGCAGUAAAGGGGGCUGGUGAGCGCAGGGGCAAUUCUGUUGGCUGACACACUGCGUGACAAAUAAAUGCAUAAAUCGGGAGAGAUUCCGUUUUAUCAUUUAGACAUAUGUUCUCGAUAUCAUCCCACCUCCAUCAUCCGCAGACGCUCCAGGAGGUUUGAAGUAUCUGUCGUUCAGGGUCUCUCGCAGGAGUGAGGAUGAAUAAACAGCCUAGUAAAGAGUCUCUGCGGGACCGGGUCAAGGGGAUCUUUGGCCUCGGUCCGACUCGGCCCCACAGCAAACAGACUGAGAGCAAACCGUCCGAGUUCAUCAUCACGCUGGACAUCAUGAUGGAGCUCAGUCCAGAGUACGGCCUCCACCACCGGAUCAGAGUCAUCAACCACGUGUGUGAACUCGCCAAAUCCAAGAAGUUCGAGGAGCAUGCGGUGGAGGCCGUGUGGAAGGCCGUGGAGGACUUGAUGCAUCCUAACCAGCCUCCUGAAGCCCGUCAUGCAGUGCUGGUGCUGCUCAGAGCCAUUAUACAGGGACAGGGCGAGCGCUUGGGUCCGCUCAGAGCCUACUUCUUCAAGAUCAUUCUGGACUAUCAGCCCUCUAAUGAAGACCUGCCCGAGAGACUGGAGGUGUUCAAGGCCCUCACGGAGAACGGGAAAGACAUCACCUACCUAGAGGAGGAGAUUGCUCGGUUUGUUCUGCUGUGGAUGGACAUCGGUCUGUCGUCAGAUUUCCUGCACGUCCUCGUGAACUUGGUCAAAUUUAACUCCUGCUACCUGGAUGAGAACGUCUCCCUCAUGGUCCAGAAAAUCUGUCUUCUGUGUAACCGGACGACUUCCUCCACGGACAUUGAGGUUGCGCUGCAGGUGUUGGACGCGGUGGUGUGUUAUAACUGCCUGCCGUCUGACUCUCUGACGGUGUUCAUCAUCACUCUGUGCCGAACGGUUAACGUGAAGGAGUUCUGUGAGUCCUGCUGGAAGUUGAUGCGUAAAGUGCUGGGAACUCACCUGGGUCACAGUGCCAUAUACACCAUGUGCCGAAUCAUGGAGGAGAGGGUGUACAGUGAGGACGCCGCUCUUCUCAGGGGUGCUGUGUUUUUUGUUGGGAUGGCGCUGUGGGGAGCUCACAGACUUCCUGCUCUCAAGAACACGCCCACUCUGGUCCUGCCCUCCUUCUACAAGGCCAUGAACAGCGCGAAUGAGGUGGUGUCCUACGAGAUCGUGCUGUCGAUCACGCGGCUCAUCAAGAAGUACGGCCGAGAGCUGCACGUGGUGACGUGGGACAUCCUGCUGUCCAUCGUAGAGAGACUCCUGCAGCAGAUACAGACGAUGGGCAGCCCUGAUCUGAAGGUGAUCGUUUAUGAGUUACUGAGCACCGUGGAGGAGCUGUAUGAGCAGAACGACUUCCACGGAUCCUCGGAGAGAUUCUUCAGCCUGGUGGAGAAGUGUGCUGAUAAACGCCCCGAUGCGUCUGUGCUGACGCUGAUCUCCUACAGAGCUCAGUCCAUCCAGCCGGCUAAAGACGGGUGGCUGCAGAACCUGCUCAAACUCAUGGAGAAGUUCUUCAGGAAUGAGAGCCGUACUGUGAUCAGGAUCAAGGUCCUGCACAUCCUGUCCUUCGUGCUCAGCACAAACCGCCAGCUCUAUGAGGAGGAGCUGAUCGAGGUGGUGGUGAUUCCUCAGCUGGGUCAGAUCGCUGAAGAUCGAGAUCUGUCCGUCAGGAAACAGGCCACACAGCUGCUGGUGGAUCUGGCGGAGGGCUGCAGCACGCAUCACUUCAGCAGCCUGCUCGACAUCAUCGAGAAGGUUGCUAUUCGUCCGUUAUCGUGCUCUCUGGAGGGAGAGAGAGAGCUGUCAGUGGAGUCUCCCAUGGAGGACGUCCGCACCGCUAUCCUGGGUCUGCUGGACAUCCUACAGAGUAAACUCUACAGUCUGCCGGCCAGUCACGCCAGCCGCGUGUACGAGCUGCUGAUCUCUCAUCUGCAGCUUCACUACAAGAACAGAUACUACAGUGCUGCCGGGAGCUCCAUACGCCUCAAGGUGUUUGAUUUCUUACUGAUGAUGAGGGCCGACUCUCUUCAUCGUCUGGGUGUCCCUAAUAAAGAUGGCGUCCUGAGAUUCAGCCCAUACUGUCACUGUGACGUCGGGGAGUUGGAGAAGAGAGCAAAUGAAAAGAAGCAAGCAGGAAAUGUGUCGUCCCCAACAGGAAGUCCAACACCAGCGGCUCCGCCCUCCUCCAUUCGCACGGCCUAUCUGCCCUACAGCCUGGCCUUCAAUGUGCUGCUAGAGUGCCUGAAGAUGGAGUCUGACUGGAAGGUGCUGAAGCUGGUUCUGGAUAAGAUGUCCUGCACCAUCCAGUACAAGGUCCUGGUCCUGACCUCAUCCUGCAACAUCGAUCACCUUUGCUCCACUCUCUGCUCCAUGGUGACCGACCGUCUGAUAUCAGAGCGACUGAAGAAGACUCCUGAUGGUUUCUCCCUCACUGAUGUUCAGCUCGCUGUGGUUCCUGUUCUCACCGCCCUCACCUCGUACCACAGCUACCUCGAGCAGCCCCGACAGAGGGAGCUGGUGCAGUGUUUGGAGAAGGGGCUGAUCUACCGCUGUGCUAAGCAGUGUGUGGUGGCUCUGACCAUGUGCACCGUAGAGAUGCCCGACAUCAUGAUCAAACUCCUGCCUGCCCUCAUCGUCAAGCUCACACACAUCUCCGCCACCGUGGCCAUGGCCUCGCCCAUGCUGGAGUUCCUGUCCACAUUAGUGCGGCUCCCUCAUCUGUAUGCUAACUUUGUAGCCGAGCAGUACGUCAGCGUGUUUGCCAUAUCGCUGCCCUACACCAACCCCUCAAAGUUUAAUCAGUACAUAGUGUCUCUCGCCCAUCAUGUGAUCGCCAUGUGGUUCAUACGCUGCAGACUGGCUUUCAGGAAAGACUUCGUUCAGUACAUCACCAAGGGUCUCCGCUCAAACGCUCUCCUGCCGUUCGAUGACACUCACGAGCAGAGCAGCUUCAGAGCGCGCAGCACCAGCCUGAACGAGAGGCCCAAGAGUUUGCGGACGACCAAAGUGGCGAAGCAAGGCCCCAGCGCAAACUCUCCCGUUAAAGACCUGAAAGAUCUGUCGGCCAUGGACGCCUUCCGCUCCCGAAGCAUCAGUGUGUCCGAGCAUGCGGUGCGCAGGAUGCAGACGUCCAGCACCACCUGCAGCCUGGGCUCGGCUGACGAGAACGCAGUGAUGCAGGCGGACGACGCGCUGAAGACGGUCCAUCUGGAGCUGACGGAGACCUGUCUGGACAUGAUGGCUCGAUACGUCUUCUCCAACUUCUCUGCGCUGCCCAAGAGGUCUCCCAUCGCAGAGUUCCUGUUGUCCGGUGGCCCCAGUAUGACUUGGCUGGUUGGGAAUAAGUUGAUCACCAUUACGACCAGCGGUGGCUCUCGAACCCAAGCCCUUCUGGGUCUGGACAUGGCAGAGAAGCCCGGAGGAGGAGAAAUGACCAGGUCUGACCCGUCCUUACACACCCGACAGACGAAAGAGGCUCCUGCCAAACUGGAGUCACAGUCGGGCCAGCAGAUCAGCAGCAGCACUCGCACCCGCGUCCGCUCCAUAUCAGGUGGUCACGCUCUGCGGGCCGGGCCGGCUCAGAGUCUCAGUCCUCUGGUGGCGUCUCCUGAGGGGGAGUACAGCGGCCCUCUGCCCCCGCCGGGACCCCCGCUGGAGGUGCUGGGGUCCCAGAGAGGAGUGGAUGAGCACUCGGCGUCCUCCACAUCACAGUCCUCAGCGCCGCUCAAAGACAAGUCCAGCCUGGCCGAGUUUGUGCCCGUGCUGACGCAGGGCUGGGCCGAGAUCUUCAUCCGCAGACCCUCAGGGAACACCAGCUGGCUGAUGUGUCUGGAGAACCCGCCGAGUCCCUUCUCGUCUGAGCUGGGGAACGUCCCGCUGCAGGAGCUGUCCAGUGUGCUGAUGGCCAUGGACGGGGUGAAGGAGCCCCAGAGCGAGGCCCCUGUGCCCCAGCCGCAGGGCAGGCCCUGUCCCAUCCAGCGCUCCAACACCGUGGGUGCUCUGGGCUCUCUCUGCUCCCCUGAAACACCCGGCAGGUUACACAGGAGUAUAUCGUGGGCAGAUUCGGUUGUGUUGGAAGAAGCUGGACGGAGCAGAGCGACCGAGUCCAGAGAGCUGGAGGAGUUUGAGGGCGUAGCGUCUGAACCCAUCUUCAUGAGCGCAGCUACAACCCCAGCCGGCUUACUGAGCAGAUCGUCCUCCACCUCGAGUCAGGACGAUGAGAAGUCGACUCUGGAGGAGGUGAGUGAGGGCGGUAUCCCCAUUGAUCAGCCUCCGCUGGGUCUCUCCACACCGGGACAUCAGGAGGCAGACGUCUCAUUAUCUCAGGCCACCACCCUGAGCAAGUCCAGCUCGUCCCCGGAGCUGCAGACUCUCCCCGAGGCCUUCACCAAAGCUGCGGUCCAGAGCGCCGCGGACGGAGACCUGCUGAGCUCCCGGAUCCCCACGGUCCAGGCCGGCGAGAGAGAGACCUCGGGAGAGAGCGUAACAUCAGCCGGCCCGUCCAGCGCCAGCGUCUCCGUCUCCUCGUCCUCCACCUCCAGGAUGAGGCUGGAGUUUCCCACAUCUCAGCCGGGACCCCUGUCUCCCGCCGGACACAGACCCCGAGGACACACCAUCUCCGUGUCCGCACCCUCGUCCCGCAGGGAGAGGAAGAUGGACCGAGACUCGUACCACAACCGCGGAGGAGCAUCCAACGCAGAGAAGAGCUCAGGACUCAGUCCCAGCUUCGUCUUCCUGCAGCUCUAUCACUCUCCGUUCUUUGGGAGUGAAGCCAACAAACCCCUCCUGCUGCCCAAAACUCAGCUGAUCGAUCGAGCCGUUAAGGUCCUGGACCAGAUGCCUCCGUACGACACUCAUAAGAUCGGCGUGGUGUUUGUAGGAGCCGGGCAGGCCAAUAACGAGGUGUCCAUCCUGUCCAACGAGUACGGCUCCAACCGCUACGCUCAGUUCCUCACCGGCCUGGGAAAACUCAUCCACCUGAAGGACUGCGACCCCGACCAGAUCUUCCUGGGAGGACUGGAUCAGUACGGAGACGACGGAGAGUUCACCUACUGCUGGCACGAUGACAUCAUGCAAGCGAUCUUCCACAUAGCCACACUGAUGCCGAACCGCGAGAGCGACAAGGGCUGCUGCAAUAAGAAACGCCACAUCGGGAACGACUUCGUGGUGGUGGUGUACAAUGACUCCGGAGAGGAGUACAAACUCGGCACCAUCAAGGGUCAGUUCAACUUCGUGGAGGUGCUUAUAAAGCCUCUGGACUACGAGAGUAACCUGGUGACGCUGCAGUGCCGGAAAGAUCUGGAGGGUUUGGUGGACACCAGUGUGGCGAAGAUCGUUUCUGACCGCAAUCUACCGCUGCUCGUGAGACAGAUGGCACUCCACGCCAACAUGGCAUCGCUGGUGCAUCAGUGCAGAGCCAACCCAUCAGACGCCUACGCUUCGAAAUGGUUGGCCAGAUUGAGACACAUCAAGAGGAUCAGGACACGGGCUCAGGAGGAAAUUCAGUCCCGCCCCACUCAUGCAGUCUCUCUGACCCAAAGCCACGCCCCCAUGCAGAAUAAACCCGCCCACCAGCCCCCCGGCUCUGCUUCGAACCCAGACGCCGGCCAGAGGAAGAGGCUGGUGUCCACCGUCGACGAUUUCACAGACUUUGUCUAGUGAGAGACCAGUGAAGUGUUUUAAAUCGAGACCGAGAGACGCUGCGUUCCCAUCAGUCCAGACGAACCAAUCCACUCCUGAAGGCGGAGGGAGGGCAGAGAGGUUUGGUGUUAGUAAGAUUUGAUCACCUUUAAAACCACCCAACAUGCCACAGGAAGUAAGAGAUCCACUCAGCCGGGACACAGCUUCACUCAACGCUGUGACUGUAUGAAUGAAUUUCCCAAAGCGCUGCUCUGACUGCUGACAGAUGGAUGUGAAGCAGAACGACUAAACUGCACACGCACACGGUUAACACGCUUUCCUUUCUCUGCCCAUCUUCAUCCAAGCGUUUCUUUCUCUAGAGCAAACUUGUGUUCACACACUCAUUUCCUCUGAAUAUAUCAAAAUGUUCUGUGAUAUUAACGGUCCAACCGUUUUGCUUGGUUCCUGUUGUUUUCUUUGUGUUUGAUGGUUAUUGCUUACGUAAUGAGUUUCUAAUAGAACAACAGAUUUGCAGAACAACAGCUAGUACGGUAAACCACAUCAGAAGUGUGUGUGCAUGUGUGCGCUUCGCUACCAAAUAAAACACUCAAAUGUGCAAAUAC